GGGAGCAGGCCCUACCGGAUGCGGCAAUGUUACGAGCGCUGUUUUCGGCGAUGGUUAGCGCCUCGCUCGAAGCAGCUGUCGGACUAGGUUACAGUAAUCCAUCUCGGUAAUUUCCAGGUAACUGGAAUGUCACCCGCCCGCCAUAGCCCAUCUAUGGUGGUUAUGGAGAAGUACGCAGCUAUCCACUCAGAAUAGCAACUGUUUACCCAGUGAACGGGGCGGAAUUUCUCCUCAGGGUGGCUCGGGACAUCAUGACCUCGUCCUUCGACCCCAAGCCCUCGCACCUCGGAAAUUUACGAAGGCUUACUGCAACCAUGUAUGAGAAGAACGGGAGCUGCAACACAUGGAGAUAACAGUGGGUAAGCGGCCACAAACUUGAGCUUGGAAGAGAACAACUUAUUCUAUUUAUUGAGGCCUCCCUACUAUAAUCUAACAACUGGUAUUGUUUAUGGAUGUGUGGCCGUUCAUAGAAUAGAUUAGAAAUGACGUCCCAUAUGCCGAACCUGCACGGUCUUGCGCAGAACCAUCCAAACACCACGAGCACUCGAGUCUACACGUUAGAGGAGAAAGUGUAUAUCCGUGAGUUAUUAGAUGCUUGUUUUCACGACAGUCUUCUUCCCACUGGGCUGUGCAUCGAAAAAGCUGAACUGGGUGAAGACUUCGCACGUCUUGACUUGGACAAAGACUUUGCCGAUCAACAGACGGAGUGGCUCCGGGAACACGCGGUCACGAUAGUCUUCAAUGAGGAAGCCGGAAAUCUAUCUAAUAAGAUUAAGAAGCAACUCGUACUGGUAUUUGAAAACUCCUGGUAUGAUUCAGGAGAAGUGGAUCUGGACACCAAACGCGGCCGAUAUCAGAAUGAAGGAAAGAACCUGGCCACAUAUGUGGCAAGCACGAGCGAAAUUGCGGAAUGGUUGCGACAGGAACACUCGGUUGAAAUUGAGUUAAACGGGAAAUCGUACGGAGUAUCCUUCUUACCUUGGAUGGAUCUUGCGGAAAUGAAAUUUUAUAAGACAACAGGGAAACCGAAGAUCUUUUGGAUUCGAUGCGUGCAUGUCCCGCUUCAACUGAUGGCGCCACUGCAAAUUGCAGUGGAAUUGAUUUUUGGGAAAGUGGUGAAACGUCACCCCUUCGAAGAAUAUGAAGACGAACCGGAACUUGGCACGGUCCGAUUUGACCUAGAGCCCAUGGCUGAAUUGCGUGUCAAGUCUCGACUGAUUGUGGGGAUCCCAAGGAAAGGAGAAUAUCAUGUCAAGGUGAUAUCGGCAGCAACUCCGUGGUGUCGUAAAUGCAGAAUGAACUAUCACAAAGAAACAGACAAUUGCUGCCUGGCAGCGGAGAUCGGCCUGUUUGAUACAACGGUUAGGGACCCACUUCCCACGCCACCGUUCUUAGGCUUCGUACCACUGGGACAAGAUGUCCCUGCGCGGGGCCAGAAUAGGUUUCAAAACAAGAGACGAAGAAACGAGGCUUCAGGCCCCAACACAGCCACGAGUAUAUCAGGUAACAAGAAGGGGAACAGCAGUAAGGGACGGUUGAAAGGGGAAAACAAACCAGACAGCAAGAAAUCCACGACAUCUACUUCUCAACCCUCGGGCGAGCACAAAGAUGUUAACCCAAAAGCGGACGAUGCAGUAAAGUUGUGUGAGAAAAUUCCUUCAUCCAAAUCAUCGGAAAACCGUGAUACGAAAAUGUACAAAGGUGAAGGAGACGAAAGUCCAGUUAAUAAAGUUAACCUAGAUGUAGAGGACACAGAGGAUGCCGCUGCAUUUUAGGCCACCGAGGAGAUAGUUCGGGCAAAGAUUACAAAGGGUCCCAACUCAUCUCCUCUGAAGAGGUCCCAGGUGGUUUUUCUGACCAAAACUGAUGCACAAGGUAAGGUCUCACUCCCAACAAUUCCUCUCAAAAUGGAUGACGCUACAACGGAAUCCUUCAUCACACGACAGGUGAAAAAUCUCACGCAGGAAAGCCUAUCUGUCCGGUUGAUACCUAAUCUGCGGAUGGGUAUACACACAGUCGAGGAAAACAAUCUACCAUGUGCUCGCCUCUACAUUGCUUGUAUGGAAGCAAAACUAGAAGUGACAUAGUUAAUUGUUCUAGAACAAAAGGGUUUUACUUGG